AUGGCAUCUGUAAAAGAUCUGCUUGAUAAAUCACUGAAUGAUCUGGUAGAAGCUGAACUGAAGAAGUUUCAGUGGUGCUUAGUGAAUGAUCAUGAGUGUAUAUCAAAGUCUGAAAUGGAGAAUGCAGAUAGAUUAGACACAGUGGAUAAGAUGGUAGCACGUUUUGGACCAGAAGAAGCUGUGAAGAUCACAGUGGAGAUCCUGAGGAAGAUAAACCAGAAUAAUCUGGCUGAGCAGCUAGAGAACAAACACAAGCAAGGCUCAGCUGCAGAGGACAGUAAAGCUGCUCUUCAUGAGAUCAGCCGCAGACUGAAGAACAAAUUAAAACAGGAGUGUGAACGAAUAUUGGUUGGUAAUUCUCAGAGGGGUCAUCAGAAAUACCUGAACGAUAUUUACACUGAUCUAUAUGUGGUGGAGAAUGAGACUGGAGGAAUACUGAGUGAACAUGAGGUGAGACAGAUCGAAUUCAAACUAUUUGAUGCCAAGGACACACUGAUCCAGUGCAAUAACAUUUUUAAAGUCCAUAACGGUCGACAAAACAAAAAAGUGUUGACGAUGGGCAUCGCAGGGGUAGGAAAAACAGUCUCUGUCAAUAAAUUAAUCCUUGACUGGGCUGAAGGAAAAGACAAUCAGGAUAUUGCCUUAAUUUUUCCUCUUCCAUUCCGUAGACUGAAUUUGAUUAAAGAAGAGUACAGUCUCAUAGGACUGCUUCAGAAAUACUUCUUUAGUUGUCCUGAAGAACUGCCCUCUCUUCCUAAUGGUGACGGUAAAAUCAUGUUCAUCUUUGAUGGGCUGGAUGAGUGUCGCUUCCCUUUGAACUUUAAAGAGGAUGACAGAUUUACAGAUGUUAAAGAAAAAACAACAUUGAGUAAGAUAAUAACAAACCUCAUUAAGACACAUCUGGUUCCCUCUGCUCUCGUCUGGAUCACAACCAGACCAGCAGCAGCCAGUCUGAUACCCCGAGACUACAUUGAUCUGGUGACAGAGGUGCGAGGAUUCAACGAUGAGCAGAAAGAGCAAUACUUCAACAAAAACAGCAGUCCUGAGGUUGCUGGAAACAUCAUCCGUCAUAUCAGGAAAUCCAGGAGCCUGUACAUCAUGUGCCACAUCCCCAUCUUCUGCUGGAUCUCUCUCACUGUUCUUCGGCCUCUACUGGCUCGAGAGAGCCAUGACAAAACACCCACAACUCUAACAGGGAUGUACACAAACUUCUUACUUACUCAGCAGCAAAAGAUGAAAGCAAAAUACAGUUAUCCUGAACCUAAAGCCAAUGCCAGGUCUUUUGAUGAGAUUAUUCUAAAGCUUGGGAAACUGGCCUUUCAACAGCUGGAGAAAGGAAAUCUGAUUUUCUACAAAGAAGAUCUUGAGGAAUGUGAACUAGAUGUAAGUGAAGGGUCGGUGUUCUCUGGGUUAUGCACUCAGAUCUUUCAGGAGGAAAAAGCUGUUUCAGAAAGAAACCUUUACAGCUUCGUACAUCUCAGCAUCCAGGAAUUCCUUGCUGCUCUCUAUGUGUUUUUGAUUAGCAAUGAUGAGAAAGCAAAGCUAUUUUUUCAAUCCCUGAGAGAACAACUGACAUGGACACUGUCCAGAAAGACACUGUUUCAGCUUCAUAAGGGUGCGAUCAACAAGGCUUUACAAAGCGAGAAUGGACACCUGGACCUUUUCCUCCGGUUCUUCCUGGGUCUCUCACUGGAGUCCAAUCAGAGUGACCUGAAGGAAUUAGUGCCAGGACUGGAGCUCAAAACGGAGAACAUGAAAAGCACUGCUGACUAUAUCAAAAAGAAAAUAGAGAAGGAGAAAUCAGUGGAAAGGACCAUCAAUCUCUUCUACUGUCUGAGUGAACUGAAAGAUGACUUUGUGGAGGAAAUCCAAAAAAAUCUGGCCUCAGGAAAUCUUUCAGCACGGAAUCUCUCCUCUGCUCAGUGGUCUGGUCUGGUGUUUGUGCUCCUGAUAUCAGAGGAGACUCAAGAGAAGUUUGAACUGCAGAAAUACAGAAGAUCUGAUGAAGCAGUGAUAAGACUGCUGCCAGUGAUCAAAAACACAAGAAAAGCACUGCUACAGUGCUGUAAUCUCACUGCUCAGUGUUGUGAGAGUUUGUCAUCAGUUCUACAAUCCUCAAACUCCUUCCUGAGAGAGCUGGACCUGAGUAACAAUGAUCUAAAGGAUUCAGGAGUGAAGCUUCUUUCUGAUGGACUAAAAAGUCCAAACUGUCAGCUGGAGAUACUGAGAUUUUCCAUAUGUAAUCUCACUGCUCAGUGUUGUGAGAGUUUGUCAUCAGUUCUACAAUCCUCAAACUCCUUCCUGAGAGAGCUGGACCUGAGUAACAAUAAUCUACAGGAUUCGGGAAUGAGGCUUCUUUCUGAUGGACUAAAAAGUCCAAACUGUCAGCUGGAGAUACUGAGAUUUUCCAUAUGUAAUCUCACUGCUCAGUGUUGUGAGAGUUUGUCAUCAGUUCUACAAUCCUCAAACUCCUUCCUGAGAGAGCUGGACCUGAGUAACAAUGAUCUACAGGAUUCGGGAAUGAGGCUUCUUUCUGAUGGACUAAAAAGUCCAAACUGUCAGCUGGAGAUACUGAGAUUUUCCAUAUGUAAUCUCACUGCUCAGUGUUGUGAGAGUUUGUCAUCAGUUCUACAAUCCUCAAACUCCUUCCUGAGAGAGCUGGACCUGAGUAACAAUGAUCUACAGGAUUCGGGAAUGAGGCUUCUUUCUGAUGGACUGAAGAGUCCAAACUGUCAGCUGGAGAUACUGAGAUUGUCUGGCUGUAUGGUGACAGAGGAAGGCUGUGGUUAUGUGUCUUCAGCUCUAAGUUCAAACCCCUCACACCUGAGAGAGCUGGACCUGAGCUACAAUCACCCAGGAGAUUCAUUCAUUGAUAAAUUCAACCAUCAAAACUGCACUCUGGAUAAACUUAAGUAUGUUAAGCAGGAAGAGUUUGACUUUACUUCUUUCAUACAUUUACAAAAGUUCUUACUGAGAACAAACAGAGGUUUAGCUGCAGUUAUACUACAGGGCUGUUAUUAUUAACCUUUAUUUAACCAGGUGAGUCAAUUGAGAACCAGUUCUCAUUUACAAUGACAAGCUGGCUAAGAGGCAGCAUAAAAAGCCAGUACAAAAAAAAAAAAAAAAACAUAAUAGAGAUACAAAUAACACAGCUACAGUGACAUAUAAAAACAAACAAUUAACUAA